CCAAGCGGGAGUGAGGAGGCGAAGCGAGCACAGAGAGAACGAAGCCUGCGCGCAGCCUUCCGGGAGUUGCAGUUCUGAGUCUAGCUGCGCACCCGCAGCCCCGGCCGCUGUGGCCGGUUGGUGAGCUGAGGAGCCAAGUUUGUGUGAGGUAGGGCUUGGAAAGCCACGUUCGGACUCCGAGCCUUGCUUCCGCUGCUCGAGGGUCGAGAAGACCAUGAGAGACCGGAAGUGAAUGCACAGGCCUCUGGGAGGUGUAGUCCAGCGCGCCGGCGGACAAGCAGCUGGUAGCCGUGGCCUUUGUGGUGGGAUUCAGUGGAUUUCAAAAUCAGACAAAACAAGAUUUUUGGCUCCAAAGCAAAGCAUCCCUGGAGAAAUAGACAGAGUUUUUUUUUUUCUGGUGGAAAAACUGGGGAACGGUGUUUGGUACUCUGAGGAUGGUGUAGGUCCUGAGAAUGCAGAUGUGAGAGCUGAGUGGGGCAGAUGGUUUUCAUUCCUGUGACGAUGCCCACUUACAAGCAAGAAGGGAAUAGCGUUGGGGAAAACUUGAGUCUGAGCCCUGGUCUCUCAGCUCAACCAAUGACUCCUGAAAGACAAGACUGCCAUAUGUGGGAAACACGUGGAAAGAGAGAGAAGCUGGAUUCAAAUGUUCAACCAAAAACCUAUACAAAAGAGAAGCUCUACAAAUGCCAGGACUGUGGAAAGGCCUUUAGUCAUAGUUCAGCACUCAUUGAGCAUCACCGAAUGCACACAGGUGAAAGACCUCAUAAAUGUCAUGAGUGUGGAAAAUGUUUCCGAAACAGUUCAGCACUUACCAAACACCAGAGAAUCCACAAUGAUGAGAAACCUUAUAAAUGUUCUCAGUGUGGAAGGACCUUCAACCAGAUUGCACCACUAAUCCAGCACCAGAGAACUCACACAGGUGAGAAGCCGUAUGAGUGCAGAGAAUGUGGGAAAUUCUUCAGCUUCAGAUCCUCCUUCAACCAGCAUGAACGGACUCACACAGGUGAGAAACCUUAUGAGUGCAGUGAGUGUGGGAAGGCCUUUCGCCAAAGUAUCCACCUCACUCAACAUCUACGAAUCCACACUGGAGAGAAGCCCUAUCUGUGUGGGGAGUGUGGCAAGGCCUUCAGCCAUAGCUCAUCCCUGACCAAACAUCAUCGAAUCCACACUGGGGAGAAGCCGUAUGGGUGCCACCAGUGUGGGAAAGCCUUCGCUCAGAUCACACCACUGAUUCAGCAUCAGAGGACCCACACAGGAGAAAAACCCUAUGAAUGCGGUGAUUGUGGGAAGGCCUUCAGUCAAAGCACACUCCUGACUGAGCACCAGAGGAUUCACACUGGAGAGAAGCCCUAUGGAUGUAAUGAGUGUGGGAAAGCUUUUAGUCAUAGUUCCUCUCUAAGCCAGCAUGAGCGGACACACACAGGCGAAAGGCCGUAUGAGUGCAGACAGUGUGGGAAGUGCUUUAGGCAGUGCACCCACCUCACUCAACACCAGAGAAUCCACACAGGGGAGAAGCCCUAUGAAUGCAGUGACUGUGGCAAGGCCUUCAAUCACAGCUCAUCUCUAAUAAAACAUCAGCGAAUCCAUACUGGGGAGAAGCCCUAUGAAUGCAACGAGUGUGGCAGAGCUUUCAGCCAGCUUGCUCCCCUCAUUCAGCACCAGAGGGUCCACACAGGAGAGAAGCCCUAUGAAUGUAGUGAGUGUGGUAGUGCCUUCAGCCAGAGUACCCUUCUCAUAGAACACCAGAGGAUUCACACCAAGGAAAAACCCUAUGGAUGCAACGAAUGUGGGAAAUCCUUCAGUCAUAGUGCAUCACUCAGCCAGCAUGGAAGGACACACACUGGGGAAAAGCCCUAUGAAUGUCAGGAUUGUGGGAAGGCCUUCAGGCAGAGCACCCAUCUCACUCAGCACCGGAGGAUUCACACUGGAGAGAAGCCCUAUGGAUGUAAUGAGUGUGGGAAAGCUUUCAGUAAUAGUUCCUCUCUAAGCCAGCAUGAGCGGACGCACACAGGAGAAAAGCCGUACAAGUGCAGUCAGUGUGGGAAAUGCUUUAGGCAGAGCACCCACCUCACUCAGCACCAGAGAAUCCACACAGGGGAGAAGCCUUAUGAAUGCAGUGACUGUGGCAAAGCCUUUAAUAACAGCUCAUCUCUAACAAAACAUCAGCGAAUCCAUACUGGGGAAAAGCCCUGUGAAUGCAGUGAGUGUGGCAAAGCUUUCAGCCAGCAUGCUGCCCUCAUUCAGCACCAGAAGAUCCACACAGGAGAGAAGCGCUAUGAAUGCAGUGAGUGUGGUAGUGCCUUCAGCCAGAGUACCCUUCUCGUAGAACACCAGAGGAUUCACAUCAAGGAAAAACCCCAUGUAUGCAACGAAUGUGGGAAAUCCUUCAGUCGUAGCUCAUCACUCAGCCAGCAUGGAAGGACACACACUGGGGAAAAGCCCUAUGAAUGUCAGGAUUGUGGGAAGGCCUUCAGGCAGAGCGCCCAUCUCACUCAGCACCGGAGGACCCACACAGGAGAGAAGCCGUAUGAGUGCAAGGACUGUGGCAAGGCCUUUACACAUAGCUCCUCUCUUACCAAACACCAGAGAAUUCAUACUAAAUAGAUCUACUCCACAGGGGGAAGCACUAAGCCAUAGCCCGUACUGUACUAGACUUUGUAGUUCUCAUAAGAACACAUGAGAAAUUAAUUACACAUAAGCUUUCACACACCUCACUUUUCCUCAGUUUUUACAAAUGACUGGGACCACUAAACUAAAUCUUAACAGUAAGAAAUGUGGGUAUAAUCAAUAAUGAGGUCCUUAAACUUUGAAUAUCCAUUCAUGUUGUGUUCUAGAGCCUACAAAAAAGAAACUGAACAAAUGCUUUUACCCAAGGAUUCACAUACUCUGAAUCAGCUGUUUAAAGUGAAAAUUUUAAAGGAACCAAGUGAAGUCAGAAUUUGUUCUUGCACAUUAUAUUGUUGGAAUGGUGCUUAUGAGUAGUUUUAAGUUGACUUUGAUAGUCUUAGAAAAUAGCAUAACAAAGUGUUUCCAAAAUAAAUGGCAUCUUCAUGGAA